AUGGACGCCAUGUGCCGCGAGCAUUCGCGGGGGCGGCGGGUCGCCCUCGGCCUCUUUAUCGGACUCACGCUUCUCGUCGGGCUGCUCCUCAUCCUCGUGCUCUCCAACGUCUUUGCCAUGCCAAGUACCACCCGCGACAGCUACAUUGAGGUGUGCAUCCAAGUGCUCAAUGCAACGCUGACCUUGGCCGCGCUCAUGGUGCACCCAGCCCGCUUCGUGACGCUGCUGCGGCUCCUCAUGUGGUACGCGUCGUCGACCGACAUGCGCGCCGAAGCGAGGAUUCAAGCGGCCUUUCCGUCGCUCCCCGUCGAGUUCAUGGACCAAAACAACCCGCAGGGCAUCAACGUCCCGAUGCGCAAGCUCGCGUGCCUCAUGGGUGUGCUCAACCUCCAGUGCUUUCUGCAGUACCCGAUCACAGCCGUCGUCUGGCUGUACCCAUUCAGCGAACGCCCGUACUUUGUCAUUGCGCUCGCACUCGCCUUGUCGUGCACGUGUACGAUCGGCGCCGCCUUGUGGGAGCACCGCAUGCACCGCAGCACCGUCCGGUACAGAGCCAAGCGCGCCGAAAGUGCGAUCGAGCGCUUCUUGGUCGAAGACACGUCGAUAUAA